UCCCGAAUGAUCCUUUUGCUACAUUCCCAAUCUAUCCCAUGCGCGUUGCCACGCAUUACCACCUAUAAAUAUAACUUCCAUUAUCACAAAGUAGUCUUGUACACAAUAGGGACACAACACAAGUGUAGCAACCGCCUUAGUUUCCUCUUGUUGAUCAAACGACAUAUUCGCCGUGUACGUACGCACGGUGACAAUGAGCAGGGGCGACAGCGCCGUGGGCGGUGUCACCGUCGACGUGACACUGUCGCCGAACGCCGUGCUCCCGGGCUUCGCCAAGAGGCCCGAGGCGAUGACCGAAGCGAGCUGCUGCGGUGGCGGCUUCCCUCGGUGCGCCCGGGCGGCCGCCGCGGCGGCGUGGGCUUUCGCCAGCGAGGACGCCGGCAGGGUGGCGUUCGCCCUCAAGGCCGGCCUCGCGAUGCUCCUGGCGUCGCUGCUGGUGCUCGUCGGCGAGCCCUUCAGGCUGUUCGGCACCAACAUCAUCUGGUCCAUCCUCACCGUCGGCAUCAUGUUCGAGUACACCGUUGGCGCCAGUUUCAACCGAGGGUUUAACCGGGCCGUGGGGAGCAUGGUGGCCGGAGUUGUUGCUAUCGCGGUGAUCUGGAUUUCGCUCAGAUGCGGCAGUGUCGCCGAGCCGUACGUGAUUGGCCUAAGCAUCUUCCUAGUUGGGGCCGUGACGUCGUUCGUGAAGCAGCUGCCGGCGCUGGCGCCGUAUGAGUACGGCUUCCGGGUGAUCCUCUUCACCUACUGCCUCAUCAUGGUGUCGGUCUACCGCGUCGGCGAGCCCGUCGCCGCCGGCCUCGACCGGCUUUACGCCAUCGCCAUCGGCGCCGUGCUGGCGCUCCUCGUCAACGUGCUCAUCUUCCCGGCGUGGGCCGGCGAGCAGCUCCACCGCGAGCUCGUCGCCAGCUUCGCCGCCGUCGCCGACUCGCUCCACGACUGCGUCAGGAGCUAUCUGUCAGGCGACGAAACGGCCGUCGACGGCGGCGAACCAGCAAUUGAGAAAUGCCGCGCCAUCCUGAACGCAUCCGCUAGGAUCGAAUCCUUGGCGAGAUCGGCGAGAUGGGAGCCGCCGCACGGCCGGUUCCGCUCCUUCUCCUUCCCGUGGUCGCACUACGCCCGCGUCGGAGCCGUGCUGCGCCACUGCGCCUACGAGGUUCCGAAGCAAUGCAAUGGCUUAGCGCACAAGUGCACACAGCUCGCCGCCGAUCGGUGUCAGAUUCUGUUUGUUUCUUCGGUGCAGGCGCCGGACGGAGUCAGGGAGGCGUUCCGUGCGGAGAUCGAGGACGCGACGGCGCAGGCGGCCGAGCUCGUCCGUGUCCUUGGCGGCGACGUCGACGGCAUGACGCGCAGCGCCGAGAGGCUGAGCCUUCUCAAGAGCGUGCACGGCUCCGCCUACCGCCUCCAGCUCGCGCUGGAGCUCAACUCGCACCUCCUCGUCUCGUCCGGCUCCGUGGCGGAGGAGAUCACGAGCGGCGGCGGCCUCGAGCGCUCGUGCUCGCGGCUGCGCGAGAGCGCGCGGCGGCAGAGGCUGUCGUGGCCGUCGCGGGAGGCGGACGAGCUGGAGGAGGCGGAGGCCGGCGGCGGAUACGCGGCGAUGAUGGUGAGGGUGCGCGCGCUGGAGAGCACGGCGGCGCUGUCGCUGGCCACGUUCGCGUCGCUGCUGCUCGAGUUCGUGGCGCGGCUGGACCACCUCGUGGAUGCCGUCGACGAGCUCUCCAAGCUCGCAAAAUUCAGGGAAGAAAGCGACUCGAUCAAACUAGCUACCUGACCAGGCCAUCUGGGACGUAUCACCAGCACGUUUAUCAACGUGCUAAACCAAUACCGUGUAUUUUACAUGGACUUUAAUUAGAGGAUUGUUUUCACAAUGAUCAGUUCAAUUUCCAUAUGUAGUACUCCUUAUAAAACGUAUUGACUUUAGUCAAAA